GUGUACUCUUUUACUCUCACACUGGAAUGCCUCGUGGCCUAGCUGUCUCGCUUCCAGUGGGGUCCGUCAGCCGAGAGAUCGGACCAUACACUACACAUCACCUCGAUGGCGAGCGAAUCGUGUCCUCCACUACUGGCGUUUUGCGUACUGUAAGGAUAAGUGCAAGGACACAUCACAAACAGAGGAACGGUAUGACGGCGGUAGGUAAACCGAUGGCCCCAAGCUUUACCGCUUCGGGAGCCGGAACCGUAUCGAAAAAGUGGAACACGGCGUCUCCGGACCUCAACCUAACGCUCGAGACCGUCGUGCGGAUUGCCCUGACCUGCAUCUACAUUGGUCUCGAGUUCAAGUCACCGUUCGUGCGCAAAGUACAACCGGAAGAGCUGUGGCUGUAUCGGAAUCCGCGCACCGAAAGCUACGUCCCGCUCACGAUGCUCUGGCCCGUGGUGCUCGGUGUUCCGGGACUGGUCUUUACCCUGUUCUACCUGCAAACGCGUGACCGGCAGGAUCUGCGGUGUACGGUGUUGGCAUUCACGCUGGGCCUCGGUCUGAAUGGGGUGAUAACGAACACGAUCAAGCUGGCGGUUGGACGGCCAAGGCCCGAUUUUUUCUGGCGCUGCUUUCCGGACGGUGUGGUAAAUGAGGCCCUUCACUGUACCGGCACCGAUCUUCGGGCACUGGCCGAUGGACGCAAAAGUUUCCCCUCGGGACACUCGUCCUUUGCUUUCGUUGGACUCGGCUUCCUUACCUGGUAUCUAAUCGGUAAGCUGCACCUCAUGAACGAGCGUGGCCGUGGCCGAUCGGUGCGGGUUAUUGCGGCCGGCUUACCGUCCUUCGUUGCGCUGCUGAUUGCAAUCAGUCGGACCUGUGAUUAUCAUCAUCACUGGCAGGAUGUAACGGUUGGUUCACUCAUCGGAGUAGUUCUCUCGUACAUCUGCUAUCGGCAGUAUUAUCCUGCGUUCACGGAACGCAACUGCCAUCUGCCGUAUCUGUGGCAAUCGAUGGUGGCAGUCUCGCCGCAGCAACUCUCACCGUCCCACACAAGCCCACACCAUCGAUCGUUGGCGGUGAUGAAACGAGCAAACCAGCAGCACGCAUCAUCGACCGCAACCGGUAACACCCAUGACUCACCGAUGAGGACACUAUUGCUGUCCAAUCAGUCGCAUGAUUCGGCGUUACAACGUAACGGUGAUGGUGUUGGCGAAGAAUCGGACAGUGAAACGCAGAGGCUACUCUCGUCGGGUGGUGCUUCGGUACCUCCCGACCAGAAAGAGGCUAAAUGGAUUUAACUUCCCGUUUCCCCUCCUAACUGAAUUUACCGAAUUAGCAUUAAGAAACAGUGUCUGUAUUCCUGUUUUUUUUUAAAUACAAAACGAUACACAACCAA